AUUUACACAACAUAAUAUGUUCGCUGUAAGAUUUAACGCUGUGAAGCUUUAAAAUGUGCAUGUAAUUUGUUCAGUAUGAUAUAUGCAUUUAAUAUGUACACAUAUAACUUAAAAUAUUUUUAACCCAGAGCAGUGUCUAGGUGUGUUUAGGUCACGUGGUUUAGGUGUGGUUUCCAGGUUUCCUGAGUGUUAGAAAAGCAAACCCGCCGUCAGUCUCCACUUGUUUGGAAAAUCGCACAAACGGAGUCACCAUGAGCGACUUCGAUCUGUCGUCAGCUGUAGGUGGAGAUGAGGAGGUGAAGAAGGACGAGGCUCAAAAGGAUCAGAUUAAUUGGCCCUGGAAGAAGGAUAAGGACAAGGAUAAGGAACAUGACAAGGACAAGUCCGACAAAAAAGACAAAUCUGACUCCAAAGAUAAGUCUGACAAAAAAGAUAAAUCUGACAAAAAGGACAAGUCUGACAAAAAGGACGAGCACAAGGAUGGAGAUGGCAAGAAGAAGAAGAAAAAGGAAAAGAAGGAAAAGAAGGAGGGAGAACAAUCAGGCUCAUCCUCAUCCUCAUCUUCAUCUUCAUCCUCCAGCAAUGAGGAGGACUGAUACUUCCAUGGGGGACCGGGCUGCUCUGAUAGUCUCGUAUAAGCUUGUUUAUUGACGAAAUGACUGUGCUGUAAUGCCACCCUCUUCCUCCUGUCCUUCCAGUGAUGUCACAGAAAUAUGGUGAUCUUGUGUAAACAUUCUUUUAGAAGUAAAUGUUAAAAACAAAAUGCCUGAAGUUUUUUUUCCUCAUCACAUGAUGCCAAGUAAAAUGCAUAUUCCUUACCACAAGAUGGCAGUGUUAUCCAUUUGUAAAGGUGGUCAAAGUGAAAAGCUGCUGUACAGAGAAAUAAAGUGAUUCCAUUCUGAUCUCGCUCCAAACCUGUCACAUGGGGAUGCUUGCUGAUGCUGCUUGCCGUCACUUUGUAAAGCACUGAGUACUCCCAUGCACUGACAUGCAUGCACCGUUGGACCGGUUCCCACAACAAAGAACAGAUAUGCUCUGAUUACAAUACACAGAGAGGGAGUGUGACUUCAUUCUCUGCUCAGGAAGCCAUUAAAGUUGUCAGGUGCUUCAUCAAUGUUCUGAAUGUCGUAUUAUAGUUCAGAAUGUUACAGUUUGCUUUUGAUUUUAAAAUGUCUUUUUAUUACAUUUUGUUGA